UUAACACAUGAACGGAAAUGUAAGCGCUGAAUUUGACUGGCUCCCUCUGAGUGCGCGUACUCCCCCCUCCAUUCAGACAAACGAGUGAGGGGUUCACAGAGGAGGGAGGAGGAGGAGGAGGGAGGAGGCCCGUUGGACCGGUCGCACAUCCGUCUGGAAAAGGAGGAGGAGGAGGAGGAGGAGGGAGGAUCCACAAGCUUUUUUUUUUUUCUCCUUGCCUCGGUACGGGAGCCUAGAGGGGACCAGCUGGUUUUACGCGGCGGCUUGUGGGUCUCCACCCCGAGAGUAUGGCGGCUGGGAUUGCACCGGAGAGCGAGGGAGAGACGGAGACAUGCCAGAGAUGGUGAAGGGGAAACAAAGACGCGCAAGUUCUUUAAUGAAGUGUCGAGAUAGUUUGUGUCUGUGCCGCUUGUUUCCCGAGGCGCUUGAAAUAUUACGCAUGCAGCUCAUUCGAAGGGGUGCUGAAAGCCAGCAGCGUUUUCCAGUGUCCUCGAUGGAGCAAGUUUGUUUUUUUCUGAUGCAUACAGAGGGGGUGAGCUAAGCAGAUGAAAACCCGCACGGUCCACAUCAACGAGGGGCGAGAUUUUCUUCCUUCCCGUGCGCAAUUUGGACAUUUGCGGUCCUCGGAUGCGCGUAUAGGCUAGCUGUCAGUGUCUGGCCUGCAUGGGGGAAUUUCUACAAUGAAAUCCAUCUUGGGGCAACCGAGUCUUUGUGCUCUGCCAUAGCUGUGCAGCGGCGAGCAAAGACUGUGUUAUUGACAACCCGUUCAAAAUGGGACACGAAUGGUGAAUGUGAUUCGUGCGUGAACGUUUUGGGUUCAUUUCAAUGACGCGCGGAGAUUUCUACCUUGACGACUUGAUUUAAAAAUCCACGAUGCGCGAGUAUAAAGUGGUGGUCCUGGGCAGCGGUGGGGUCGGGAAAUCCGCCCUCACCGUGCAGUUUGUCACCGGGACGUUCAUUGAGAAGUACGACCCCACUAUAGAGGAUUUUUACCGCAAGGAGAUCGAGGUGGACUCAUCACCCUCGGUGUUGGAGAUCCUUGACACCGCUGGUACCGAGCAGUUCGCCUCCAUGCGGGACCUUUACAUCAAAAACGGUCAAGGAUUCAUACUGGUCUACAGUCUUGUCAACCAGCAAAGCUUCCAGGACAUAAAACCGAUGAGGGAUCAGAUCAUAAGAGUGAAAAGGUACGAGAAGGUUCCUGUGAUCCUGGUGGGGAACAAGGUGGACCUAGAAAGCGAGAGGGAGGUAUCGUCCAGCGAAGGUCAGGCCCUGGCCGAGGAGUGGGGCUGUCCGUUCAUGGAGACCUCGGCCAAGAGCAAAACCAUGGUAGACGAACUGUUCGCUGAGAUCGUUCGGCAGAUGGACUACGCCGCCCAGCCAGACAAGGAUGACCCCUGCUGCUCCUCUUGCAAUAUACAAUAGCCCUGGAGGCCUUCAGGAACAAGCCAGGCAAAAAAAAAAAAAAAAACUACUUAGAGGAAGCUACUUCGACUCGCAGCAGAUAUACACUUAGACACACACACACACACACACGCACAUGCCGGUUAAACGGAAGAUAAAUAAAUGGUUGAACGCGAUGGAUUUUAACUCUGUGGAGCAUAAAAUCAGCAGUGACACGACUAUUAAUCUCGAAAUGUGAGUCAUGAAUACAUUUUGAACAAAGAAAUGCCAGGAAUUUGCCGCAAGAGAAAUUGACAGAUGACAAAAAAAAAAAAGAACAUGCCCUCGCCUUAUGUUACUCUCUUUUGUUGUUUGGGUUGGUUUUUCAGUUAUGGAAAAGAAUCACAGGAUCUUUUUUAGAUUUCUCUACAAUCUGCUAAAAAAGAAGUUUUCACCUGGUUUGUUUCACACAGAACGCCUGAUUAACACAUAAUUAUUAUUAUUUCCACGACUCAAGUAGCUACUGUACACGAAUCCAAUAACAGAUGUUUAACAGAGUAUUUGAUUUACAGUAUGUGCAAGCGUAUUUUGUGCAGCGGUUGGUUUUUCUACUCAUCACAGGGCUGAACCAAAGAGGUGACCUGAAAGCACCUCCGUUUUCUUGUGUUUUGUCGAAAAAGGAACGGAGAGGAAAUGGUGGAUAAGUCAGUGUCUUUCUUGAAACAUUGGUGCAGUCAUCUCCUUUUUUCCUAUUUUCUCACUUUGAGAUGAAAUAGUAAACAUAACAGCAGAGUCUCACAUAGCGUGUGAUGUUUUGUUUUCCUCUGCGGGAGACUGACAGCAGAUUGCAGAGUAAUAAUAUAACUAACUGCUUCACCCCGAUGGGACAAAGAGUUCAUUCUUUUUUUCUUUUGUUUGAAUAUCUCUCCAGACGAUCUCUCUAAACUCUUUUCAGGAAUGGGUGACACGUUUUAAAGUGAAGAUGCCAACAUUUGUCAUACUUUUACAUUUUCAUUUUUUUUUCUCCGAUGUCAACGACAUCGGGUGCUCGAGAGUUUCAACAUCCUGAUCCCGUUCUUUACGUGCUCAGAGUAUUCAAAUCCAUAGUAACAAAUAGUAACAACAAAGGCGACGAUGAUGACGAUAAUAAGAAUAACUAAUGGUAGUGUAAAUAUUUUGUAUUGAAAGUGCCAGCUCCUAUGAAGACACUGACUAAACACAUGUGGAACUGUCAACUGUAUGCAUGGCUAGUAAACAAAAAAAAGGACUCUUAUUGUUUGAGUUUAAAAUAGGCUGUGGAAAUGUGCAAACCAAACACAUACACGUCUGGAUCUGGACACUGUCUCAACUGUACCUCUACAGUAUGUUGCCACGGGAACCAGACUUUCCCCGUGUAACCAUUUUCAUUGUUGAUUUUAUAUUUUUUUAUGUGACCAUUUACUCUUUAUUCCCUCUCUGAAUGGUGACACUGUUACAUUUGACACCUAAACAAUAAAAGUGCGUUCAACACUC